AUGUCAAACUAUCCACCAAACGGUCCUCCGCCUCCAUACGGAUAUGGACAACAGCCGACUCCGGGCUCAGUGCCUGGCUACGCUUAUGUACCGGCUCCUGUGCUGAUGCCAAUGCAGAUGUAUCCGCCACAGCCACAGCCACAGCCACAACCGGAGCCGGUGCAGCCUCCACCGACAUACGUCACUAAUUACAUCUAUCAACAGACCCCGCAACCAGAGCCUUAUCAUCCACCUGUAGCCACGGUUUCUCAAAGCCGCCCAGUGACAUUCCCAGGCCUUCGUGAGAAGCUAGAGCAAACAUUGUUGAAGGUGGAUCAAUGUGUCACUAAAGUUCUGAGACCCUCUGUAAUCGACUGGGUUAACGUUAACACAGCUACAGCGUCGACAUAUAGUCAUAGAGCUUUCGUAGCGGGUAAAGAAGGUUGGGAUGACAGCCCUCUCUGGGUGAUUAGAGCCCACUACAACGGAGACUUUGUGCCGGGGAAGUUUGCUCUGAAGAGUCGUGCGGCUUACAUACCUCAUGGUGGGAAAGAAGUGCCUGUACAAAACUUCGAGGUACUACUGGCUGCACCGCAUGCUCUACGUUGGCUACCGAGUAGUCACGGACAAGUCCCAGCUGGGGCCAUCCCAGCAGGCAAUACUAACCAAGGAGAAACACUUUAUAUUGCACGUGUCAACCAUCUACGAUCUACUACCCCCGGCAAGGUUCAUCCAAGCCACGGUUGCAGUUACAUUUCUUUCGGUGGAUCUGAAAUUCCUUACAAACAAUAUGAAGUAUUGUGCAGGAUUGUGGGUUGA